AUGAAGUCGAAUCGAUCGAGCAAAUCAAAUUCACCAAGCAAAAGUCACAUAUGUGAUUACUCAAUGGAUCCACAUGCUGAAUUUGAGAUGGAAUUGAACAGGAGUUUAGAUAAAUCAUGGCGUGAAAAGGCUGAGAAAGAACUGAAUGAGAAUAGCGAGGCAAAAUCCAAAAUAAGUCUGCUUAGAAAUAUGAUAACAUCAUGUGAUUUAAACAAGCGGGGACGUGAAGAUGAUGCAUUUCUAUUGAGAUUCUUGCGUGCAAAGAAAUUCGAUGUUGACAAGUCAUUUAAGAUGAUUCAAAAGUAUUAUUGGAUGAAGGUGCAUUCACCAGAAUUAUUUCACGUAUCGCCACCAUCAGAUUUAAAAUCAAUGCUUGAAAUGCAAAUACAGUGCAUGCUUCCACAACCAGAUUUACAAGGACGACAAAUUUAUUUGUUUCGUGUCGAAAAAUGCGAUCCAUACAAAGUUCCUGUCGACCACGUAUUCAGAAGUAAUGUAUUAUCGUUAGAAGACGCCAUCCGUUUGCCAGAAGUGCAAAUCGGUGGACUUGUAGUACUUUUAGAUAUGUCAGGCUUAAGUUUAGGACAUGCAAAAUAUUUAUCGCCACAUUUGGCACGGCGAACUGUUGAAGUCGUUCAAGAAGCUUUUCCACUACGUUUUAAAGCCUUCCAUGUUCUGCACGAGCCAUUUUAUUUUGAUGCCAUUUUAGCGAUGCUUAAGCCGUUCCUCAAAGAUAAAAUUCGUAGACGAAUUCAUCUUCAUGGAAAUGAUAUGAAUUCACUGUAUAAGCACAUACCGAAAGAUUGCCUUCCAGCAGAAUACGGCGGUACACAACCUCCAUUCGAUAACUCAAUUUGGCGAUCGAGAAUAUUGAAUAAUGAGGAAUAUUUUAGACGACUAGAAUCAUACAAUAAUGGCUGUGAAAAUGAGAUAAUCAAUAACAAUAACAAUGAAAUGUAUCACAACCAUAAAAAUGUUAUAGAUGACGUAGAUUCGCUAUCUGACGAUGAAAUUUAUAUCGAUGCUGAGGAUGAUAACAAGUCGUUAGAUGUCGAGAUUGAUGGCAACAGUUUACAUUUUAUUGAUACAGAAACUGAAGAUUCAGAAGAAUAUGACAGUGAUCGUAUACUAUCGCCUCGCAAGAAGGUGCCACCAAUGGAGAGCUUGGAGGAAAUGUUUCUCAAACAUGAAUUUAGCACAUUUACAUUAAACGAAAAGGAAUUUGAAGAAGUUAAGCCAUAA